UGCCAGCGAAAGCAGAGGCGCCUGAGCUCCAGAGAAGCUGUCGAGAAGAAGGAGGUGCUGAGAUGUUCUGAGGCGCUGUGAGGCGUUAUGAGGCAUUAUGAGGCAUUAUGAGGCGCUAUGAGGCGCGCCGCGCUGCUGUCUGUGAGCGCGAGCCCGUUGAGGUUGGCCUUGCAGUGUCAGGUGAAACACUGUUGUGCUAAUGCUGCAUCUGCUAGCCAGGACAGCGCCGCGGGUCUGCUCGGGUCUGCUCAGGUCUGCUCGUCUUGGGAGGAGAAGAUCUGACUCCGAGUUAAAGUGACGCCGUGACCCGCGUGCUCGGAGAAAUGAAUGAUCUCUUGUUGGAAGUCUUCUGCUCAGCUUGCUCACAUUCCUACACGAUUUAAAUUCUCCAUCACAAAGAAGUCGGCGCUAUAUGUCACAAUGCUGAAACCAGGAGAGGUUAAAUAUGAGGAUACAGAGGUGCCAGUGCCUGAACCUGAAGAGCUUAAAUAUGAAGAUGUGGUGCUGCCAGUUCGGAAACUGGAGGAGGUUAUAUGUGAGGAUGUGGUGCUGCCAGUGAGUUUGAAUAAACAGCAAACAUCUGCUACUGCUCACCACACUAACACCUCCAACAGAGAAAUGCAGAAAACUACAGGAAAGGAGAGAUCUCACCACUGCCUACAGUGCAGGAUGCGCUUUAGUGAUCAGAGUAGCCUCCAGCGACACAAGCGCAUUCACACAGGAGAGAAACCAUAUUACUGUUCAUACUGUGGCGAAAGUUUUGUUCUACUAAGUCAUCUCCAACUGCACCAGCGCAUUCAUGCAGGAGAGAAGUUGUACGACGAGUCACAGUUUGAGAAGAGUGUUAAUGAGAGGAAUGCCAAAACACCUGAGCACAUUCAAUCAAGAGAGAAGCUGCAUCAGUGCUCAGACUGUGGGAAGACUUUUAAUCGCCAUUGUUAUCUUCAACUACACCAGAGAGUUCACACAGGAGAGAAACCGUAUCAGUGCUCAGACUGUGGGAAGAGUUUUAAUCGACGUAGUUGCCUUCAUAUACACCAGAGUGUUCACACAGGGAACAAGCCACAUCAUUGCCCAGACUGUGGCAAGACUUUUAACAGACGAAGUCAUCUCCAAAGACACCAGCGCAUUCACACGGGAGAUAUGCCGUUCGGGUGCUCAGAGUGUGGUAAGAGCUUCAAUCAUCAGCUUCAUCUCCAAAUACACCAACGGACUCACACCGGAGAGAGGCCGUAUCAGUGCUCGGAGUGCGGGAAGAGGUUUAAUCAAAAGAGUCAUCUCCUGCGACACGAACGAUUUCACACCGGAGAGAAGCCACAUCGAUGCUCAGAGUGUGGGAAGGGUUUUUCUCUACAAAGUCAUCUCCAAACGCACAAGCGCAUUCACACCGGAGAGAGGCCGUAUCACUGCUUAGAGUGCGGGAGGACUUUUAGCAUACUAAGUCAUUUCCAAGAACACCAGCGCACUCACACCGGAGAGAGGCCGUAUCACUGCUCAGAGUGUGGGAAGAGCUUUAAUCGACAGAGUAAUCUCAAACUACACCAGCGCAUUCACACCGGAGAGAAGCCGUAUCACUGCUCGGAGUGCGGGAAGAAUUUUAAUCAGCGGAGUCAUAUCCAAAGACACCUGCGUGUUCACACAGGAGAGAAGCCGUAUUAUUGUUCGGAAUGUGGGAAGAGCUUUAGAUAUACAAGUACUAUAAAGAAACACAGCUGCAAUAAAACCGUCAUAGAGAUUCCUAACACAUGAGUUUGUUAAAUGAAUGGACGAUUUUCAUUGGGCUGUCGGCUUUUUAACAUUUCGCUGUUGUUGGAACAAAAGCUUGUAUCUCCAAAAUGGUCAUUUUACAGGAGAAGGAAAAAACUUACUUUACUUGUAAUAUAAGUCAGUGGAAACUGAAUUUUUUCCAAGCAAUUUUGGUCCAUUCUUCAUGAAAUUUACACAUAAUGUAAAGGGGAAAAGAUAUUUUUGCGUUUUCUCAAAAACUGAAAAACAUCAAAAAUGGUUUUAAGAGGUUUUGCUUGGACAGCAGUGAUAUACAAAUGAUACAACAGUUUAUGCUCGGUUAAUUGCUUGUUAGAUACCCCUAGAACCUCCCAAAUUGUACAUUUUUAGCAGAAAUGAGCUUUGGAAUGGGCAAAGUAACCAUGAAUUUGAUGAUUUUGAAUGUGGCAAGUGCAUGAAGUCAUCUUGGAGUGCACCACUUAUUGUCAUCAAUAGGCUACUAUAGCUGAAGUCUAUGUGGCAUGAAGAACAAGAAAUUGCUUCUACAGUGGGCAUGGGAGCAUCACAACUGCACUGUUGGGCGGUGGAAAAAGAAGUUACUUUGGCAGGUUGUUCUAGGUCUGGAUGGCAUCAUGCUGUUGAAAAGGAUAGAAUAUGUCACAAGCAACUAACCUUCUUGCGUGGCAUGAGCAGUGAUGUAGCAUGGUUUGAGGAACACGGCAAGGUUUUAUUGCUUCGGUGACCUGUGCAAGUUCUGGAGUUCAGCCCUAUCCAAGCGUUGUUGGCAUAUGGUUAGAUGAGUUGAAGUCUUUAUUUUCUCUGUUGUGAGGUUUAUAUGCUAAUGUAUUUAUGUAAUUAUUGUUCCUAAAGUUUUGUUCUGUAUUUGAUUGUACUUGAUUUACAGUUACAUGCAAUAGUUUAGGCACCUGUAACAUUUUAAGUUAAAAGAAGACAACACAAGCUCUGCAGCAAAUUAUUUUAGAGAAUAUCAUUGUUUAUAUGUGCUCAUUAUAUAUAUGGUUAACUUAAAAAAGUAGGAAAAAAACUAAAUGGUGAUUGAUAUGUGCCAGAGUUCAGGCUAAGUAACAACCCUGCUGGCAGGUGUCUGUUCAGAUUUUUUUUUUGUCAAUGCAAAGCACUUGUUUCCAAUAUGUCUCUGGCUUAUCUAGGUACUUUUCUGCAUAUGUUUAGACUUUGACAUUCGUGACAAGGUUGCAGAUCAUGUUUCUUUCUGAUGACUCUUCCAGGAAUAUCAGGUUUAUGUAAGCAGUGUGCACAGAAAAAAGGCACCACCACUCUUGUGUCAGCGUAACCUUUCUUGCAGGUCCUUUGCAGGAGUUUUCUUGGUCUUCCAGAUCUUGCCUUGACUUUGAGUUCCCUCUUUAUUGCAUUUUUUUAUGUUUCAGGCAGUUAAAAUUGCGAGCAAGUGCUUUAAUAUUUUUUUAUAUACGACUGCUCUGUAGGCAUCAGUUAGCUUCGUCUUCAGAUGCUCAGCCAGCUGCACUGUUUCUGUGACGAUUCUUUAAUGAGUUUUCAGAAAAAAUAACAAUUGCCUAAUAACAAUUCUUGAUCUGCUGAAUCUUUUUUUGGCAAUGUUUUGUUUGUUGCUAAAAUUUCAGUAAAAUUAUGAAGCUCUAUACUGCUGUAUAUAAGAAAUGUCUUGAAUUGUGUAGACGAAAAAACAAUGGCAUCCUCAGGGGACUUUUCACAAAUAAGGGAAGGGGGAGAGGAAAAAAAAUGUCUGCUGGUAACACACCAAUCAAUCAAUCAAUAAAUGCCUUACACCACUGCAUGGUUCCACAUAAAUGUGGAAAAAGAACUGCCUAUGUUAUUGUAACAUUACUGCUUGAACUGUCAAUAGUGUACUGUAUUUUUUUUUGUCCAUGAAAAGUUUGACUAUCCCUAAUCCAAGUGUAAAUUGGAGGAUUAUGCUUUUUCCAGUUUAAAAGAGUCAAGCAUCUAGCAACUCGUGUCACAAAGGCUAGUGGGCAGGCAAUGGGCAAAUUUGGGUAGUGCUCCAAAGGUCGCUGUAAGAAAAGAUGGAUUCAUGACUUGGCCCAGGACAUCUGCUAUUCUAGUGAAAAUAGAAGUCCAGAAAAAAUGUAAUGAACAAGUCCAAAACAUAUAAUACAAAAUUGACUUUACCCUGUUGUCACAGGUUGGGUGAGUGUCUUGAUAAAUCAGAGAGCUGUUUGGAUAAGCCCAUGUCCAGUACACACAGUGGACCCAAUGUAAGAUAGUGUUACGAAGAGUAUCCGACAACUCUAGAGUCAAAUACUUGGCCUACGUUUUUUUUUCCAUUGUCUCAGAAAGAAUAGUACGGUCAAAUAAUUUGAAAUGCAAGAGAAAGUUCUACCUCUGAAACUUGGAAAGACUUUAAAAAGACCAUCUAUAGGAGGGGAUGGAAUAUGUUGGAAAACUGUGUUUCCUACAAAAAUUGUGCUUGGAAAUAAAGUGAGUAUUAGGAAAAUUAUACAACUCAGAAAGCUGUUGGUAGUGGUUGGUUAGUGUAGUGGUUAACACCUCUGCCUUUUACACUGUAGAUUGGGGUUCAAUCCCCCACCAGGGCAAGCGCCCUACACUAUAUCAAUGAGAGUCCUUGGGCAAGACUCCUAACACCACCUUGGCUUACCUGUGUAAAAUGAUUAAAUUGUAAGUCGCUCUGGAUAAGAGCGUCAGCCAAAUGCCAUAAAUGUAAAUGUUGAAAUGAGGCAAAGCAUCCUUCCUUAAGUAAAUCUGAUAUAGGUCUUAUACUUCUCUCAGCCUAACCUUUCUCAACCUGAUGAGUUAACGAGUGCUUGGUCUGCACAUGCUACCAUUACAAACAUUUUCUUGUCUUCUUUAUUUUUAUUAUUUUAAGGGAAUCAGCUAAAAGGUUUUUUAAAUAGUUUGCUACAGAGGUAUUGACUUUGUCUCACUUCAAAAUCAACAAAAUGUGUCAUUUGGUUAUGGGUGCUCAAAUAUACUGUUUGAUUUAAGCAUGUAAUUGAAUAUGUAUAUUUACUGAUAAAAAGAACACUUGUCAACUGCUGCUGCUUUGGCCCAUAUGUCUUGAAAUAUGUUUUAUUUCUUACUGAACAUGGUGAGGAUCGGCACAGUGCCAUAGUGGGCACAGCAAGGAAGGCCUGGGUUUGAUUCCCUGGCAACUAGGGUCCUUUCUCACCCGUGUCUGCAUGGGUUUCCUCCCACAGUCCAAAGACUUGCAGUCAGGCUAAUUGGAGAUACUAAAUUGUCCCUAGGUGAGAAAUGUCUGUGUGUCGGCCUUCUGAUGUCUGCCCUGUGUUUCCUGCCUUCCGCCCAGUGAGCGCUAGGAUAGGCUGCAGCAUCCCUUGUGACCCAAGAGGAUUAGAUGAUGAGGGAGAGUGAGUGAACGUGUUGAGCCUGAAGCCUUGUCAAAGGCUUUUUUUGAGGUGCCACCAUAAAUAUCAGCAGAAGUUUCUGGGUGGUGUUGAUAUCUGGCUUUUGCUUUUCAUGGCAGUUUUAACUUGCACUUGUAGAUGGAGCGACGAACUGUGUUCGCUGCUCGUGGUUUUCUGAAGUGUUCCUGAGCCCAUGU